AUGCCCCCAUCGCUCACCUCCCGCUCCCUAGGCACAAUAUGGGGCGUCUGCGUCGCCGACGCCCUAGGCGGCCCCGUGCAAUUUCAAAAGCCGGGCACCUUCACUCCCAUAACGGGCCUCAGACCCGUAAAACCCUUCGCCCAACCAGCAGGCUCCUACUCCGACGACGGCUCCAUGACCCUCGCCCUCGCCCAAUCCCUGAUCGACUCCCGCGGCAACUACAGCCAAGCCCACGCCCUCUCCAUCAAGUACUACAUCGACUGGCUCAGCACAGGCCGCUUCAGCACCACCGACCGCGCCUGGGACGUCGGCCUCUCAACCCGGGCCGCGCUCCUCAGCUGGCGCCAGUGCGGCACCGUCGAUCUCCAGCGCACGCAGGCCGUCAUCGACCGCGAGCUGGACGCCGAGGACCGGUCGGGAAACGGGAGUGUGAUGCGGAUUGCGCCCGUCGGAUUGGUUCUGUGGCGGGAUGUUGUAGAAGCGAGACGAGUUGCGAGAGUGCAGGGUGCCGUGACGCAUCCUUCGUUGGCAUGUGUGGAGGCUUGUGAGGUUUAUACCGUGGAGGUAUGCGAGGGGAAGGAAGCGCUUUGUGCGCUGGUUAGUGGGUUCCCGUUUACGCAUGGGGAUCUGGUGGAGCGGCUUGCGACGUACAAAUGUUUGGCGGAUUGGGGCAGGAGGAAUGCGGAGGAUGUUCGGAGCAGUGGAUGGGUCGUGGAUACGUUGGAAGUUGCUCUGUGGGGAUUCUUCAAGUAUGAUUGUUGGGCGGAGGGGGCGUUGGCGGUCGCGAAUCUGGGGGGAGAUGCUGAUACCGCGGCGGCGGUUUAUGGUGGGUUGGCGGGUGCCUUUUAUGGGGUGGACGCGAUCCCGGCGGAGUGGGUGGAGGGCAUGCAGAAUCGGACGUUGAUUGGGGAGGUUGCUGGGCAGUUGGCGGAGUUGGUUGCUUCUACCGAUAUGCGUGAAGAGAAUUAA